AUGGUGAGAGGGCGGCUGGGCAUCUGCAGUCCGGGUGGAGGGAAUUUUGGAUCCAGAAGCUGCCGUGGUUUGGGGCCCUGUCCCUUCCGGAGUCUGCGCCCUGGUCUCGUGGUCGGGGCCUUAGGUCCGCUGCAGCCUGGAGGCUCUAAAGCCUUGAACUCCGUCCUUCGUCCCUGUUCAAGGGCAGCAUGGGCUAAACUCUGCCGUGUCCCCUCAUCCAGUGCUUCUCAGCACUGCCACAAGUCCCUAGAUUUCCAUGAAUCCCGCACAUUGCCUGCAUCACUGGAAAUGCAGCUCCUCAUACCUGAAGUGUUAGAGAGCCUGGAUGAACAUAAAGAACAUAUUCACUGUGGAGAAUCCUUUCAACAGACUCUAGAGAACAUUGUAAGCAAGGGAACUCUGCUUAGAAUAACACCAUGUGAAAGUAAUACAUAUAAUGCUUAUGGGAAAAUCUUCGCUGAUUGCAAGAGUCUUGUAGUCCAUGAAAGGACGAACAAUGUAGUGAAGUCUCAUGGAUGUAAGCAAUGUGGAAAAGCCUUCACACAAUACUCUACCCUUCGUAUUCAUCAAAAAACUCACAUUAGCGAGAAACCCUACGGAUGUAAGCAAUGUGGGAAGGCAUACACUUCUUCCAAGAUGCUUCGUAUUCAUGAAAGAACUCACACUGGAAAGAAACCCUAUGGAUGUAAGCAAUGUGGGAAAGCCUUUACUCAUUCCAGUAGCCUUCAGAAACAUAGAAGAACUCACACUGGAGAGAGACCCUAUGCAUGUAAGCAAUGUGGGAAAGCAUAUGCUUCUUCCAGUAUGCUUCGUGAUCAUGAAAUAACUCACACUGGAAAGAAACCCUAUGGAUGUAAGCAAUGUGGGAAAGCCUUCACUUAUUCCAAUAACCUUCGAAGACACGAAAGAACUCACACUGGAGAGAAACCCUAUGCAUGUAAGCAAUGUGGGAAAGCCUACACUUCUUCUAAUAUGCUUCAAAUUCAUGAAAGAACUCACACUGGAGAGAAACCCUAUGGAUGUAAGCAUCAAUGUGGGAAAGCUUUUACUCAUUCCAGUCACCUUCAGAAACAUAGAAGAACUCACGCUAGAGAGAAACCCUAUGCAUGUGAGCAAUGUGGAAAGACUUUCUCAUUCCAUCACCUUAAGAAACAUAGAAGAACUCACACUGAAGAGAAACCCUAUGCAUGUGAGCAGUGUGGAAAAGACUUCACUCAUUCCAGUGACCUUUGA